AGUGAGUCAUGGUGCCCCAACCCUGCAGGCUCUCUGUGGUGUCGAAGGUUACAGCCAAGCGGCCAUGAUGAUGGAGGCAGCACUACAGCGGUAGCAAGAAGAAGCUAUCUUUUUCAGGCAGGGACCGACAGACGCCAAGAGGAAAUCCUACCUCUAACCGACCAAUAGCAAAGCAAGGGAGUGGGCUGCUCAUUCAUCCUUUGGGCUCCCCACUUGCAUGCAUGGAUGGCGUCGAAAUAUUCGAAUCUUUGCUUUCCGUCCAAGCCAACGAAGACCUAAGCCAAGCCAGGAAUAGCGUCGAUCGUAUUGUGUCCAACCCCUCCGCUCCGAUCUUUAACUUCCACCAAGAGCCAACAAACAAGAGUUCAGGAGUUGACAGCCUAGUUGACUGACUGAUUGAUUCCUAUUAUUGUCCAGAGAUUGUCUGCUACGAUUGAUUGACAUCUUAUCUGAAGCUACCAGAAGUGACUUUGCUCUUGAUACCUAGAAAGGCCAACGAGUCGAGCAACCAUGGGCUGUGGACCUUCCAAACCCGGAACUCAAUCCACUCUGGACGAACACGAGGCGUUCGGCAACAACAGUAGCGGAAAUUCCAAUUAUCAGCCUCCCGCAGCGCAAUCCACUGGUGGAGCCGGAAAGACCAACCAGAAUGAAGGCAACCCUAGCACGGCGACACCCAGCAAUGGCGCGACACCGCCCCCUUCAGGAGCUCAGCCACAACAGCAGCAACAACAACACACGCAUCCAGCUGCUCCACAGGCUCCAGCCACAACAGCUCCACCUGCUCCUGCUCCAAACAACAACAACAACAUGCCACAAUCUACUACUGCACCAACUCAGCAAACGGCUGCUUUGGGGAGUAUUACCAAUGCAGCUCCAGCAUCGGCUUCGUCGUCGGUUCUCAAUGGAUCUUCCAACGCGCUACACAUGUCCACAGAAACACAAUGGAAAGAUCUAUGGGAAGCCCUCAGUCCCUUUCUGUUGGAUCCAGCGGAUGUCAUUGCCGUCAUUUCCGAAGUCAUGAAUGACACAUCCAAUCGACUCUUAUCCACCGAUAUCAAUUUCAUUCUCCGUAGAGUCAGACAUGUCGUACGAAACCUGCCUCGAACCAAUGGAAACUUUGGACAAACCAGAAAAAUACAAGUAUUCUCCUCCAGUACCAACAACAAUAAUUCACUCGAAGCCGAAGGCAGAGCCACUGCCGAACGACAUCAUCUACUCAGUGCACAUGUCUUUCGCAGAAUUCUAGGAUCCCCCAUGGACAUUCCCAAACCGGAUGGCAAAGAAGCGGCGUCGGUCUUUCCGGAUCCCAUUGAAGCGGCGUAUACACUCUUGCUGCAUUUGUCUUCGGAACCACUCUGUGAACGAGCAUCGGCCAUUGCCAUCAAGACGGCAAAGAACGCUGGACUCGAAAUGGAUGUCAACAAGGGACGCAACUUUAGUCAACGACCCAACCCCGUGGGAAUAUCCAAAGAAGAAAUGCCAGAUUUGCCGCCGGGUAUCACGGUACAAUCGUAUGCCUUUUUACUCGCCCUGGCGCUUCGAGGGACCCGAAAGCAACGAGUGCAGCUAUUAUUCUAUUUGUUACUCCCACCCAAGACAUUGGAAAAGUUCCUCGCCAAUCAUCCCGCAGGAGGAGUGCCGUUUUGGUUGUUGGAAGUCGGAACGGAUAUUGUCUUUUCUCUCGCGUCCAUGGCGCACUAUCAUCUAUACGGGCACUCCUUCUUGCCAGCCAAUUAUUUAGAAGAGCCACCACAGAAACCAUUCGCAUUUCCUACAUCCGGUCAACCCAUGCGAUUGAAAGUUUCCGCUAGUGGGACACAGGAAUUCUUGGGGUGGCUCAUCAAGCCACCGCCCAACUCCAACCGAUCCAUGGACUCUCCACAAAACAACCCGUCGCCCAGUCGCAGAAUUCCACCCAACCGAAGAGGCAGCAACAACAACCUCACCGACGGAAACAACAAUGGCGAUGCCAAUGAUCUAGCGCUGUUUGGAAAAACAGAAGUCGUCGAACGAUUGCAGGAAGUGGCCGAUGGAAAGCAAUUGCCAACGUCAUCGAAAGACAAGGAAGAUCCAGCCAUGGAAGUUUCCAGACGAAAAUAUCUCAUGGCGCAGCAACCUGUCAAUGGUAGCAUGGUCUACUGGUCCAUGGAAGACUUUUCCCAUUGGACCGAGGAAGCAUUGGAUGAUUUGGCUCUAGAUACGGUCAUGCAUAAAUUGUUCGCGUCAGGAGUGCUACCCACCUACUCGAUGGAAAAAGAGCUGGUCGAGACUCGUUGGAUGGAAUGGCAAUGUACGGCCAGAGACUACUUUUUGGCAAUGAAAGAAGGCGAAGCCGACGAUGGAUCCACGCUCGAUUAUUUAACUUCCUCGGUGAAGAGGUUGAUAGAUUCCUGCCAAAAUGGAGUUGCUUCGCCAACCGCCAAUGGUAAGAAAAGCAACAACAGAGACCGAGUCUGGGGGGGAAUCGGUGGUUUUGACGGGCGGGGAGCUAUGGGCUUCGGAAUCAUGUACUGCAUUGAUAGGAAAUGGUGGGAUGCCUGGGAAGCCUACGUUGGUUGGACUUUUGACGGUGCACCCGUGAAGAAGCGAUCACUGGUGCGGCCUGGAGAACUUUCCACCGAAUCCCUUCUGGACCGCGAUCCUGAUUCCAGCAAUGGCGGCCUUUAUGGAUCCUUCGAGGCCAUGAAGGAAGAGCUGAAGCGGGACGCGGACUAUGUGUUGGUACCCCAAGGAGUCUGGGAUGUCUUGUACGAACUCUACGGAGGAGGUCCGCCCCUUCCUCGACCGACUCUGUCCCCCGAAAAGGCCCACGUUUCCGCAAAUGUCGACGAAGAGAGUUUUGAAGCGACAUUUAAGAGAGACGGCAGCGCCGAUCCCGACAAACCAUUUGAUGAGAUCAAUGUUGACCAAGCGACCAAACAGAAUACAGUACUGAGAAUACCAAAAUCGCUCCGUGUUGCUCUGCACCCGUGGAUCAUUCACGUGCAUUUAUGUGAUCCCCAACAACCCUACCGACGAGGCGAUGUUGGGCCUCUCUCCAUUCGAAUUAUGGCUUGUCCUGACGAACCCCUGUGGAGAUUGUUCGCAGAAGCGAUAGUUCGUCUUCCUCUCCAAAACCUCAAAGCAUACAACACGGACGGACGUGGGCGAGCUCGAUUGUGGAUAAAGACAACACCGACCAGUCCCAAGGAUCCGCUGUCGCGAUAUGGCCCCUGGACGCUGCUGUGUAAGAAUCGCUACGCCAAGUUGCCAAUGGUGAACUACUCGGUGGAGCUGGAGGAACACUUUAAUGAGUUGAAGGAAGAUUGGGAAGCGUACGCUGAUAAGGCUUCAGUUGAAGGCGCGUGUCUCUCGGAUGACGACCAAUUGAUGCUGGAAUGUGCCAUUAUCAAUAAGAAUGGCGAUUUCAUGUGGCCGAGAGAAGCGGCGGCAAAAGCUGGCAGAGUACGUCGUUUGGCGGACGAAGACAUGAAAUUCCGGCAAUUGCUUCGUGGAAUCGAUGAAAACGGCGAACCUUUGGAAAAUCCCCCCAAGCUUGUUGGCAUGACAGUAGACGCAAUGGAUUCGUCAGGCAGGUGGUAUCAAGUGGAAAUUCUCAAAGUGGAAAUUGUCUCCGUGGAAGCAGAUGGGGGCGACGAUACCGAGUCUGGCGAAGGGGAACAGGGAGAAAGCAAACUAGUAAAAGUCGAUUUCACCGAAUUUGGAGGACACCUGGAGAAUAUUGACAUUGAAUCUGAUCGCCUAGCAACAGCAGGCAGAUUCACUCUUGGUCGACCUGAUGAAAGUCCAACUUCGCAAGGGCGCUCGAACAGUACCACGUCAAACUCGCACGACACAAAGGCAAAACCGGUGGUUACUGCGAAGAAAAGCAACGCGGAUAACUUCUCCGAGAAUGGCAAAGUGUGCUCGUUUCCUGGGUAUGGAGCAUGUGGACUCGCUAAUCUUGGAAACACUUGCUACAUCAACUCUGCGAUUCAAUGCAUCAGCUACAUGCCGCUUCUUCGGGCGUACUUGCUCAGUGCGCAGUACAAGGCUACCGGCGACCUUAAUCGGGACAAUCCAUUCGGCACCGGAGGAAAGCUACUGGAAGAGUUCGCGGAAUUGCUGCGGCUCAUGUGGAGCGCUCGUCACGGAGAGAAAUCCCCAACACGUUUCAAAUCGCAGCUUGGAAAAGCCAACUCUCAAUUUUUGGGUGCCGAUCAACAAGACGCUCAGGAGUUUCUGAACUACAUGCUUGACAAGGUGCACGAGGACAGCAACAAAAUAAAGAAGAAGCCUUACGUUCUGGCUCUGGAAGACGAUUGGGUGAAGGUGACAAGGUUGCCUCGAGUCGGGGACGAAGCUUGGAGAAGAUUCUUGCGUCGGGAUCGGUCCAUCAUGGCAGAUGUCGCGAUGGGCCAAGUCCUAAGUACUACGACGUGCCCCGUGUGCAAUUUUUCCAGCCGAAGCUUUGAUCCAUUCAAUCUACUAUCGAUCCCCAUCCCGACUGUAGCUGAUGUUGUUUUCCAAUGCACGGUUAUUCGAAGAGCGACAACUUUCAAUUGCCCUUGGAUUCUCAACAAACCCAGGAAGGGAGACAAGCGACGAUCGCGGUUCAAUUUCACGUUUUCUGCCGCGGGCUCUUCGCCACCGUCGGAACAAUUCGUCGCGGAACAGUAUGUCAUUGCAAUGUCGAGGCUUGCUGACAGUGGUGACCUACGACUUCAAAUCCAAAACAUUUGUGGAAUUCCCGCUGAAAACCUUCGGCUGGGCCGUUCUGAAGAAGUAAUAAUACAUGCCGAUGCCGAAUCGGUGGUUAUGCGCCAGCAGAAAAUAAUUCCAUUGACUGACAAGGAGGGCCCCUGCAGCCAGAUUGCAAAACAACGACCAUCUGCCGACGACAGUGCAACCGUUCCUACACAAAUCAUUGCCUUUGAAACGACUCUAAAGGGGAGGCCGCCGGAACAACCCAGUGAAGGCAAGACUGAUAGCGCAGGGGAGUCUGCAGAAGAGGAGGACGAAGAAGACGAUCCCAAGCAUUCCCCUGGCGCGCCUUCUUCUUCGGAACUGAGGGAUCUGGAGAAACAGCUGGAGGUUUACGGUGACGAGAAGGAGUGCAGGAUAUAUGAUACAGACCCUUUUUUGGUUGCGAAAGCCGUCUCCAGAAGCUUGUGGCCACGUUCGGAAAGCGAGCUGAAGCUUGGACUGAGAGUCGAUGCCAUUGACCAUCGCGGCAACUGGUUCCCCGGCAGCGUUGUGGAACUCGUCGAAGGCGUGCAGAACCCCAACGAAAAGGCCCCAGCCGACGAAACUGCUUCCAUGACAAAGGUCCGAGUUCAUUUCGACAACUUUUCCACCAAAUGGGAUGAAUUGUAUACCAUCAAUCAUUUCAGGGAAGGCAAAGUCAGGCCACUGUAUUCACAUUCAUCGCGCAGAGCCAAACCGACAGAGUUUAUUGUUCAUCAUCGAUUCACCGACAACUCUACCAGAUUGUCCAAUCUUUUCGGUCAAUCCUUCUACGUGCAGUGCCAGAACGAAUGGAGUACGGCGAGGGCUGGAGCUCACAUCUUGGCGCAGGCAACAAGAUUCCUUCAACGAAGCUCAGAUUGGUCAGGCCCCAUUGAUCUUGACGAUCCUGGUGCCAUCGAACGUGACGCAAAAGUCCAGCGACUGUACGAGCGAACGCACAGCUCCAUUUCGGAUUUGAUUGAUCUCCUGGUGGACUGUGACAGGGAAUAUGUGCGGCUCGCACUGGGCAUCUCAGAGCACAACUCGGAAGACCAAAAGGCUGAGCCGUACAGAAAUCCGACGUUUGAUGCAACAAUCUUAUCAACGGCCCUUGUGAAGAAAGUGGCGAAUCUGCUCCACCGUCUCCCAUUCGAGGUUCGUGUCUGCACGAUCGAGUCAACCCAAGGCAACAAGCCUGGAGCAGCAAAUGAAGAAGUGAACUACCCAUUCUCCUUGAUGCGGACUAUUGGGAACUACAUGAACGCUCGACACGCAGUUGUCCUACAAUGGAAGGAGCCACCAUCCGACAAGAAGAGUGGCACACCGUCGAAUUACUUGAAUGCACCCGUCAUGUAUGUUGAGCCGAACAUUGCAAUCGACAGGGCCAGCGCCGAAAUCCUAAAGAGCAAAGAAGAGGCCAGAAAGAAGGCAGCGGAGAGUCGACCAGGCAGCGGUGGACUGCACCUUGGAGUAUGCCUCAGCGAAUUCUGCAAAGUGCAACAGCUGUCUAUCGUUAAUGAUAACUGGAGGUGUCCUCGAUGCAAGGAGUUCAGAGAAGGCAAGCAAAAUCUUGAUCUCUGGAAGCUGCCAGACUUGCUGACCUUUCACAUCAAACGCUUCAACUGCUCUGCGCGGUGGAGGGAAAAGAUUUCCACCAAAGUGAACUUCCCGCUGACGGGGUUAGAUAUGAGCGAAUGGUGUCACGACGAGUCCCCGGCAGUACAUGGUUCAACGGAGUCCAACGUCUAUGACUUGAUUGGUGUUAUGAACCACUAUGGAAGCAUGACAGGAGGACACUAUGUAGCGGUGUGCAAGGCCACGGCGUGCGGGAAAGAUGGAAGGGAGGAAGUGGCGUACAACUUCAGCGGUGCCGGCGCUAGCAGCCUGGAGGUGGAAGAGGACGCUGAAGCUCCAACUGGAUGGCGCAUAGGUCGACAAAAGGCGGAGGUUGUGAAUCAGAACAAAGUAGCAGCUGGCGUGAGCGCCAAGGCUGUUGCGGAGUCUGCUGAGCCCCUUUGGUUGCAAUUUGACGACGAUUUGGUGGAGCCUGUACCGCCUCGCUAUGUUGUAUCGGAAAUGGCAUAUGUGUUGUUUUAUCGACGGAGGCGACUGACCCCGUCGAACAUAGCUAAGUACAGUACUUUAGAGUGAAUAUUUACUUUUUUUGAGCCAAUGAUCUAUUGGUUUGUUGAGGCGAGACAACAUACGGUAGCCCUAAAUAGAGCGGGGAUAGCAGAAGCAAACCAAGCUGCUUUUGUACCGCAUGUGCUUAGAUUCUUGGUGGUAGUUGGAUCGAACUGAGCAAAGCAACGGCGAGCUCAGGUACAGGGUCAGUGGGGUUGGACUGAGUCGAAUCUUCAUUCAAUCGAAUCAUUGGGGUCGUUGCUUGGGUGCACGCCGGGCUACCGUGUUUGCUGGCCCCUGUGAUCAGAUAGAUGCUAGAUUUAUUCUGGCUGACUGGUACGUAGAUAGACCACUCUGAGAGAAGUGAGAAGUAGAAUGAUAAUCAGAUUCUGUAUCUGAUCGAAGCUUGCAAAUCUUUCUCGGUCACUGGUCAGUGGCAAGAUUGUGUAAUACCGUAAUAAUUACUUUUGCUGUUUCAGGUUACUGGUAGAGUUCCAGGAAAGGAUUAUUGGUAGUGCCGACGUGCCAACAGGAGAAGGCACAAUUGUUUCUAUCUGCUUAAAGAUAAGGUAUCUGGCAUAGAUAGCUUCAUUAAACCAUUUGAUUUUCAAUUGAGAAUUGAGGGCUACUUCUAAGGGAACAUGAUGUGUUUGGGCCAUUAUCAUUCUUGUUUGUCGAAUUGUCGAUUGUACUAGUACACUAGUACAGAACUCGCCACAAUGCCACAAUCCUGCUUGGGCACAGCAGCAGCGCAAGCUUUUCUUCACAGACGCAAGUUGGAACAAACAAGUCUGGGCCUUGUAUAUAAGAUAGAUGCUCAGCAGUGAUUAGCAGCAGUAAUAUUCAUAGCUUACUCGUACCGUUCUGUAGUGAACUCUGUCCAAUCCAAUUUCCAGCUAAUGCAUAGAUAGCCAGAGUGCAGUAUCUGAACUACAGUAAGUCUU